UUUCAUGUUUGUAAUCUGUAAUGGUUUCUUUUAAGACUGGCUUCCAAACUGUAUACCUGGUAGACGGUGGAACAAUUGGGGUUUUGAAACAUGGGCGUAUACAAAAAGACAUACAAGGCAGAGGUGUAUUGAACAAAUUAGCAGAAUUCGUCUUGAAACAAAACCCAAGCUUGACACAUAUUGUAUUUUCUACUGGCACAAAUAUACCAACUAUCUUUCAGAAUAUAAGAAGUGGAAAAUAUAGAUUAGUUGCGAAAACGGUUUGUUCGUUUUACCAGGCUUAUCCAUAUUCAUUAAAAGAACCUUCAUCUGAUAAAGAUACAUUGAAAAGAACGAAAGUUCUAAGUGAACAUGACUUAAUACAAAUUAUUAAAGAGAAAGACUUUUAUUCCAAAAUGUUUAAAUACAAUCGAAUUAUUAUUGACGAUCUUCCAUACCGACUUAUGGAAUCGAACAUUCCAAUGAUGCUCAAUGAAAAAACAAAAGCAGUGGGGUCGUAUCUGGACGACAAUAAGAAAAGUAUUAUAACCAUUGGAAGUUAUUUUAAGCUUAGCAAUGGUGAAAUAUUUUGCAAAUUGGAUAUUUAUGGAGAUGUUGGUAAGGCGUUGGCUCACCAUAUUUGCAUUCAUAUUCAAGAUUUUAUUAGUAAUAGUAUGGAUAUUUUCACAAUUGAAGUUCGAUGUCAUGAAUCAUCGCCAACCAUAAAUAAGGCAAUGGCAGAAAAUGGACUCUCGUUGGCACCGGCUGGUGAAUUUACCCGAAAAGAACUUGUUUGUGUUGAAAGAUCAUUGAACCCAAAUGCUGCACAAUCAAGAUUGUGAAUAGUUAAUCAACUGUAUAUUUGGUGGUAUUUUUUUAUAGCAAAAUGCUAUUCUUAUACUUUUACAAAAUUAACUUAAUCUUUCGUAGCUCA